AUGGCUACCGUAUCAGCAGUCAGUGCUGUAGGAUGGGUUGUUUCUCCUAUUAUUAGAAGGAUGGUUUCUUUGGUGCAGUCCUAUAUGUCAAGCCAGUACAAUUGGAAAUCUGGGAUAUUAUCUGAUCUCAAGAAUUUGGAGGCCACUUUAAUGGAUAUACUCCUUGCAGUUGGAGCAGCAGAAAGGCAACAUGUAGUGGACAGAAAUCAGAUAUUGUUACUGCAGCAGAUGAAAGAUGCAGUCUCUGAUGUAGAAGAUGUUUUGGAUGAGUUUGAUCAUAUGCUUUUAAAAGAGAAGGUUGAGCAAAAAGGCCUUCUCAGACGCAUAGGCUCCUCUUCUCUUUCUGUUGGUAAGCGUCUGGUCAACAUUGACAACUUCAGGUCAAAUUUGCGGAAGGUCCUCAAAAGCUUGGAAAGGGUUAGAGCUUCUGCAGAGAUGUUUGUCCGAGUGAUGGCAUUGCAGGGCUUUAACCCCAUUCAGUCCGUACAAUGUGUCCCAGUAAGAACCACUGGAUCCCUUUUGCAUGAAGAUGCGAUUUUUGGGCGAGAAAAGGAGAUAGAUGAGCUCGUGGGUCAGCUGCUGUAUAAAUCCGAUAAAUGUUUGUCAAAUGCUUAUCAGUCGGUCAGGACAGAGGUGCACACUAUUGUUGGUGUUGGGGGCAUCGGGAAGACUACUCUGGCUCAGCUGAUCUAUAAUGAUGAGCGCAUCCUGGAUUCUUUUGACGUGAGAAUGUGGGUUAGUGUUUCCAACAACUUUGACAAAAUUAGAAUUACCAAAGAGAUCAUAUCAUACCCAACCGAUAGUGAGAAUGCUGAAUUGACUAAUUUUAAUUUCAGUAAGCUCCAGGACGAACUUAGAUGGAGACUUCGUUCCAAGAGGUUUCUCUUAGUGUUGGAUGAUGUGUGGUAUGAUGAGAAAUAUGGAGAGCACAUCAACAAACAAAUGUGGAUGGAAAUAAUGGCUCCUAUUAAGGAAAGGUUUACAAGGCCAGGAAGCAUGAUUCUAGUGACAACCCGAACAGAAUUGGUUGCAAAAAUGCUGGACUCUAGAAGCUUGUUCAUUUUAGAAGGUCUGGGAAGGGAUGAUAGUUGGUUGCUAUUCAGGCGAUGUGCAUUUGGCAGCAGGAAGCCAGAAGGUUAUCCAGAGUUGAAGCAGUUAGGCUACCAAAUUGUUCAAAAACUUAAAGGCUCACCUCUAGCCCUAAAGGUUGUUGGAGGUCAUUUAAAUGGAAAAUACAAUGAUGCAGAGUGGGAGGAUGUUCUUCAAAGAGAUGUCCUCAAUCCAAAUGAUAUCUUGACUAUCUUAUACUUGAGUUAUGAAAGUUUGCCGGAACACCUCCAGCAGUGCUUUGCAUAUUGUAGUUUAUUCCCAAAGGGUUACCGUAUUGAUUCAAAGAGAUUGAUCUGGAUGUGGAUAGCUCAGGGCCUUGUUCAUCUAGAAGGAAAUAACAGUAGAAAUUUGGAAGAUAUUGGAAGGGGCUAUUUCAAUGAUCUGUUAGCUCGAUCAUUUUUCCAAGUGCUCCGUUGUGGAGAUCAAACAUAUUACGUUAUGCAUGAUUCAUUGAAUGGUCUCGCACUUCAUGUUUCCAAUGGGGAAUGCUUCAGGGUUGAUCAUGGCAGUGUUGGGGAGUUUCCUCAUUACAUUAGGCAUUUGUCUGUGUCUGCUGAACGACUGGGAGAUCUUGUGAACUAUGAUGGUCUCCGGAGAUUGCGUACAUUUAUGAUUCUGAAUGAUUCUUGGUUCUGCUCCAAAGUCUGUUUAAGUCAUGAUAUACUCAAUAAACUCAAGAGUGUGCGGGUACUUGAUGUAAGCGGAUGCUGCUUUGGAAGGUUUCCUGAAGCUGUCAAUGAUCUGAUGCACCUGCGUUAUCUAGCCAUUCGACGCACUUAUUACCCACUGCCUACAACAAUCUCCAGACUCAAUCAUCUACAGUCCUUGUUUGUGUUGUAUCAUUCAUGUUACUCUGCGAGGAUAUCUUGCUCAAACAAGUGGAAACAGCGGAAAUAUUGA